AUGACCAAAGCCUACAACCACCUCUUCAAGUUGCUGCUGAUCAGGGACUCAGGGGUGGGCAAGUCUUGUCUCAUCAUUCGCUUCGCAGAGGACAACUUCAACAGUACUUACAUCUCCACCAUCGGAAUUGAUUUCAAGAUCUGCACUGUUGAUAUGGAGAGGAAAAAAGAUCAAGUCUGGCAAGUCUGGGACACUGCUGGUCAAGAGCCAUUCAAGAUGAUAACUACUGCCUAUUACCAUGGAGCCAUGGGCAUUAUCCUAGUAUAUGACAUCACAGAUGAGAAAUACUUUGAGAAUACUCAGAACGGGAUGAAGAGCAUCAAAGAGAAUGCCUUGGCUGGGGUGGAGCGUCUCUUGCUGGGGAACAAGUGUGACAUGGAGGCCAAGAGGAAGGUACAGAAGGAGCAGGUUGAUAAGUUGGCUUGGGAACAUGGAAUCCGGUUUUUUGAGACAAGUGUUAAAUCCAAUGUGAAUGUGGAUGGGGCCUUUAGUUCCCUGGCCUGGGACAUCUUGCUCAAGUCAGAAGGCCAGAGAUCGAGAAAAAGCAACAAGCUCCCCAGCACUGAGUUGAAAACUCAGUGA